UUGUUUGUAAAAAUGUUAAGCUGUCGAAUAUUAAGAAACUCUAGCGGACAUUGUUGGGUAACUAGAGGUUCGUGCAAUAAUAUAUGUGAAAAACUAGUUCCUAGAAAAAGCACACAUGCCAAAAGUUUUUCUAAGGUAUCAGCAAUUAAAAAAACCACCAUAGCAAAUGACAGGAAAAAUACUGCCCUUACAAAGACAAUUCAGAUUUAUCGCUGGCAGCCUGGGAAAAAACCUCGACUUCAAACUUACCAUAUAGAUCUACAGAAAUGUGGAGUAAUGGUUCUUGAUGCCCUAAUCAAAAUUAAAAACGAAAUGGAUCAAACAUUGUCUUUCAGACGUUCCUGCCGAGAAGGAAUCUGUGGUUCAUGUGCUAUGAACAUUGCGGGUAUUAAUUCCUUAGCGUGUACGAGUAAAAUUGACAGAAAUCCUUCACAAAUAUUAAAAAUAUAUCCAUUGCCACAUAUGUAUGUGGUUCGAGAUCUUGUUCCAGAUUUAGGACACUUUUAUGCUCAAUACAGUUCAAUUAAACCAUGGCUUCAACGCAAGGAUACUAUUAAAGGCUCAAUAGGAAAAGCACAGUACUUACAACAUCUUGAUGAUCGUAAAAAAUUAGACGGUCUUUAUGAAUGCAUCCUCUGCGCUUGUUGCACAUCGUCAUGCCCAUCAUACUGGUGGAAUGGAGAUAGAUAUUUAGGACCAGCGGUUUUAAUGCAAGUCUAUCGAUGGGUUAUAGACUCUCGAGAUAAUGUUACUGAAGAACGCUUGAAGCAGAUAAAAGACUCAUUUAGUAUUUAUCGUUGCCACACUAUUCUGAACUGUACAAAUACCUGCCCAAAAGGGCUUAAUCCUGGUAAAGCUAUUAUUAAGUUAAAGCAAUUAUUAUGUGGUUUGAAAUCGAAGCCAACUCCUUUGCUAGACACAAUUAAGCUUCAGAAGUAGCUGAGCAUUAAUGAAAGAAAAUUUUCCAUAUUUUCUUUUUUAUCCCAUUGUAUGUUUGUUUUUGCAAUAAGCAAACAGAUACCAUUUAUGCUGAAUCCCGGAUAUUUUUUGAUAAGUAAUAAAUUAUACAAGAAUUAUUUGAUUUGAUUAUUAAUCUAUGUUUGUGUAUAUUUUAUGUUUUUAUCUUUUAAAUUUUAGAUUAAAUAAUAUAAUAAGUACAACAACUGUACUUAUUGCUCACUCCUUGUUAUUACGCUACUA